AAAGGAGACUGUUGCAGGUGAGAGGAAAUUCCUUGAACGGACCGCAGAGGGACCACGCAAGCCAAGAGCUUCAGCCUUGUGAGCCAAAGCAAUGGGCAGAAUGCAAAGGGGCAGAGCAGUUGGGAGGCCACUGAUGUCAGCAGCUGAUGAAACAAAAACUAGCGGACAGAAGAAGAUGCUUCAGCUUAAGCCCUGGAGGAAGUUCACCAAUUGUGAUUCGUCCAGCAUAAUUUCUCACACGAUGUGUAAAUGCAGCAAAAGAGACGUGGGCCAAAAAACACGCAGGCUCUGGACACAAGUUUCAGAACACAGAUCAGGAAUCAAGAACCAGGUCUUGGAAGCCCCUCUGGUGGGACAUUUUUUGAGCCAGACUCAUUUAAAAUUACCGCCUUGGUUUUAUUGGACUUUGGAGCAUCUGCAGGAGACAUCAAAUAGAUGGGGUGUCCAACUCUGGCGCUUCAGAUGUUCAUGGACUACAAUUCCCAUCAGACCCUGCAAUUACAAAUGACAAACAGCAUGCAAGCAAGCUUUGCUGGAACUGAGUUCCGUUGCAGUAUUUCUUCGGUAGUAUCUCUUCCCCAAACAUCCCCCCAGCAGAGUGACAUGACUAACAGAUGAAGAAAGCAGUACAGAAUCUCCAAGGCCAAACCAGAAAUGCGGCUGGGUCCUAGCUGGCCCAAGGGAUGAGAAAGUUGCAACUCACCCAAAGCAAAAGAAGACCAGCCAGAGGUUCCCCCGUUGCCCCCUCUGUUGGCUCCCUCCAGCCCAGGCUCACGUGGCAAGAACCAGGGAAGAGCUGACACUUUUAACAGGUCUUAACGGGGUCUUGACACAAGGAGGAGUUGGCAUAAAACAGGAAGUGUUCUGGGCUUGAGAGUAGAGGUAUGGAAGUGUGGCCCUGUGUUCAUCUGAAAGUUGGUGGGAACAUGCUGGUGAUACUCUGUACCUGGACAAAGGAAAUGAUGAAUCAGUUCUGAGCUGUCAAGUACCAGGCUGGAAUUAAAAGUAUUAAAAUAACGGAUAGAUCAGUGAACUAAAGCCUGUCAGGGGUCCAGUGUUUUCAAACCUUAAUUUGUGUUUUAAAAUCAAGAAUCUACCCAAGCAGAGAUUUUUAAAAAUUGCACUAUACAGAUUUAAGAAAUAAAGUAACAGCCAAAAGGCAUUGAAAGGUUUUACUGUUGCUGCCAAGUCACAACUGAUCCCGUAAGGAUUUUCAGGACAAGGGGUGGUUUGCCGUAGCCUGCCUCUGCAUAGCCGCCCUGGUCUUCCGUAGGGGUCUCCCAGCCCUGCUUAGGCUCCAGGAUCUGAUGGGGUUGAGCUGGCCAUCUAGACCAGGAUGCUGAAAACAAAACCUAAACGAGAUAUGCUGUGGUGGAGGCAGAGUGGAUUUUUCUCCUUGUUUUAAGACAGUCAGGCUGCGUCUGUCAGGACGGCCAUUCGCAGCAAGCUUCUCGCUUUUCAGCCAUUAAAAAGUAGCAACGCUGGUCAAUGGUAUGUGGAUAAUAAUGCUUGAUAAUAAUGCUCAAAGAUGUAGCCACUAGUGCAGUGUUUAUUUUUGAACUAUGCCAUAUAGAUUUAUGAUUGUCCAUAGGUGAACAAUAUAUGAAUAUAUGAAAAUUCCUUGUGCUCAAAAGAUAGAUGUAAUAUUUUUAUAGGCUAAUGAAGAUAAGUUUUGCAAUUCAUUCUAUUUAUAAAUUUCAUAUAGAGUUUCUAAGUAUAGUGUAACUCAUACUUAGCUAUGAAUGCUAAGUAUGAAACAAUUGGAAUGUAAGAUAAGAUGACUUCGUAUGUAAACAGCAGUUAUUCUCUUAACCAGUAAGCAACUGUGUAGCCCACGGAUUCAAAUCUAAGCGCAUUGUAGAUCAACAGCAAUCACCCCAGCCUAAUCAAAACUGAUCAUAAGGCAGGAAAGACAAUAUGUUUUGUUGCACCAGCUUUUGGCAGCGAGCAGCCACAAGCUGCCACGUUACACAGAAAUCCUCAGGUGGAAAAGAAAAAUCUAGUCCUGAGGUACAGAGAAUGCUAAUGGUUGUUAAAGCAGAUAUUUUUAGCUAGCUCUCGUAUAUCAGGUGUAGUCAGCCCCUGGUAUGCCACACUGUUUUGCUCUACGUGCAGGGCAGAUUCUGUCACUAAGCAGCCAAGGUGCUGGCAGCACUGCUGGGUCUGGUGCCGUGGGAGGAGGCCACAGGCAGGAUUUGUGGCUCUUCCUACCCCCUUGAUCGCAUGCAGCUGCCAUCCCCUGAGGCGGUGCCAGUGCUGCCGGGGCUUGGCUUACUGUGAUGAUCGCCGGCCAAACACAGCCUGGGCCUCUCCUUUUCCCACCCCUUUUGUUUGCUGGCACACUGACAGUCUUCACAGGUACAAUGUGCAUGUCACCUGUGUUAUGGACACCUGUCCUCUGAUUUCAGUGUCCUGGUUGCUGGCUUUGUUCCAUAGCCCCUUAGGAGAAGUUGGUGCUUCUGAAGUCCCUGAAGUCCCAGGUGGGCGAAAAAGCAGUGGGGUCACAUCUAUUUUCUGGCCUCCCUGGGGCGGACAUGUUUGGGUUCAAUAAGCUGCCAUCUGGAGCUAGGUUAUUUUAGUAAUUACUAUUUACCUGUUUUAAUAUAUUUAAUAUAUUAUGAUUUUAUUGUGAUUGUUUUAUAAAUGUUGCUGCCAUUCUGAGCCCCUCGGGGAAGGGCGGGGUAAAAAUCAAGAAAGAAAGAAAGAAAGAAAGAAAGAAAGAAAGAAAGAAAGAAAGAAAGAAAGAAAGAAAGAAAGAAAGAAAGAAAAUGUGUGAAUGUGUUAAAACAUAAACAUGUGCAGUCUUCACUUUUAACAAUGUAUGUAGUUUUGUCUGCCGCACUUUGUUCAGGAAGCAUUGUUAGUGUGAUAGCUAAGGAUAAAGAUGGAUGUGUUUGUGUGUAUCUUAUUUGGUACUGAAAGGGACCAUUCUCAGAUAAAAUAACUAUGCUAGAUUCAUCGGGGGUAAGGGUAUAUAUGUCUGUCAAUCUAUCACAUCAAUAAUUACUUGAGAAGGCUCCCUUUCCAUCUGGCAGGUCAAGGAUUUCAGAGGCCGUAGGGUGGUGAUUGGCUCAACCUCAGAAGCAUGGAAGCCGCUCCAGUGCCAUCUAUCAGUUCACAUGUUGGAUCAAGGGGACCUUGGCUCAGAUCCCGGUUCUGUGGGUGGCAUCAGCGUUCUGCUCAGGGCUGCUGUGAGGGUGACGUUGAGGAAAUGUUGUUCCUUGGGGAAAGUGAUUAAUUUGUGUUAAAUCCAUGGCACUUGAGAGCAUGUUUGGCCCUGGGUGCAUCCACAGGCAUUGAACCUGUGUGCAACUAAGACUGCCGUGUUUUGUCUUUCAGAACAUUCUCACCAGUCAAGAAGCCUGAACCAUUCCACAAUGGACAUAGACGAUGAAGAAAACAUGACAGAAAUGAUAUCUGAUGAUUUGCCUGAUAUCACGUCUGUGGUCUGAUAUCAAGACGGUGGCCCUGCUUCACAAAGAGGGUUUGAAGCAUCCCCUCCUCCCUUCCAAGGCUAAUGUUUCAGGAAAGAACACGUUGUGGAGCUGUGAAACAAAAAUUGAACAAAAGCCAGGAUUUGUGAGAAUGUUUUCGUUGCACGGAAGAGGGUUACCCUGAGAUUCUGUCACCACCUGCGUGCCAGUCAGCUUCUAAACUUUACAUCUGAAAGAGGGUCCUGCAACGAAGGCAUUGUAAGUUACUCUUUCUGGGCACCACAGGUUCAGGCAGCACUGAUGUUAAAGAGAACCGCAACAUGGACAACAUUUCAUCCAAAGCUGGGAGUGUGCAAGGUGCCGGGGAGGGGAAUCAGCUCUCCAAUGGUGAUGGCCCCGGCAGCAGAAAAAGACCCUUGGAAGAGGGCAGCAAUGGCCACUCUAAGUUCCGCCCAAAGAAGAGGAAGAAAACGCCAGGGCCCGUCUUGCCUAAAAACGCCCUGAUGCAGCUGAAUGAAAUCAAGCCUGGCUUACAAUAUAAGCUCCUCUCUCAAACGGGACCAGUUCACGCCCCUAUAUUUGUGAUGGCCGUAGAAGUUAAUGGGCAGUUUUUUGAAGGUUCCGGCCCGACCAAAAAGAAGGCAAAGCUUCAUGCAGCGGAAAGAGCUCUGAGGUCCUUUGUUCAAUUCCCCAACGCCUCUGAAGCGCAUCUAGCAAUGGGGAGAACUCUUUCGUUAAAUACGGACUUCACGUCUGACCAGGCCGAUUUCCCAGAUACGCUUUUUAAUGGGUUUGAAAACCCAGCUCAGUCAGAUCAUUCUUUUUGUCUGGAUUCCAACGGUGACGGUUCCUUCAGCUCCAACGCAGACUACAAUCUGUCGUCCGCCGUGGCUAGCAGUAUUAUCCAGUCGUCUCUUCCUACCCCGUCGCCAUAUCCAUCCACCAGCGGAAAGAACCCAGUUAUGAUACUGAAUGAACUUCGACCGGGAUUGAAAUACGAGUUUCUUUCAGAAAGUGGUGAAAGCCAUGCCAAGAAUUUUGUGAUGGCUGUGUCAGUGGACGGCCAGACGUUUGAAGGGUCUGGAAGGAACAAAAAGCUUGCGAAGGCCCGGGCCGCCCAGUCAGCUCUUGCAUCCUUGUUUAACAUGCAGUUGGAUCAGACCCCAUCUCACCAGCCCAUUCCUAGCGAGGGACUUCAGUUACACCUGCCACAGGUUCUGGCUGACGCUGUUGCCCGCCUGAUCGUGGACAAGUUCAGUGAAUUGACUGACAAUUUCACAUCCCCCCAUGCACGCAGAAAAGUCCUGGCUGGAGUUGUCAUGACAACAGGUACAGACGUGAAGGAUGCUCAGGUUAUAAGUGUUUCUACAGGAACAAAAUGUAUUAAUGGAGAAUAUAUGAGUGAUCGUGGUCUUGCUUUGAAUGAUUGCCAUGCAGAAAUUAUAGCGCGCAGAUGCCUGCUUAAAUUUCUCUAUAUGCAACUUGAACUGCUUCUGAGUAAUAAGGAAGAUCAACAGAAAUCUAUUUUUAUUAAGUCAGAACGGGGUGGAUUUAAACUGAAAGAAAAUGUGCAGUUUCAUCUCUAUAUCAGCACCUCUCCUUGUGGUGAUGCCCGAAUUUUCUCACCCCACGAGGCAGCUCAAGAAGAUCAGGGGGACAGACAUCCCAACCGGAAAGCAAGAGGACAGCUACGCACAAAAAUUGAGUCUGGGGAAGGAACGAUUCCAGUCCGAUCCACAACUACAAUCCAGACCUGGGAUGGCGUAUUGCAGGGAGAGAGGUUGCUCACCAUGUCGUGUAGUGAUAAGAUAGCUAGGUGGAACGUGCUCGGUAUUCAAGGAGCGUUGCUUAGCCUCGUUGUGGAGCCCAUCUACUUCUCGAGCAUCAUCUUGGGAAGCUUAUAUCAUGGAGAUCACCUUUCCAGGGCAGUAUACCAGCGAAUAGCAGAAAUAGAGGACCUACCACCCCUCUACACUCUUAACAGACCUUUACUCAGUGGUAUCAGCAAUGCUGAAGCCCGUCAGCCAGGAAAAGCACCUAAUUUCAGUAUAAACUGGACCACAGGAGAUGCUGGGCUUGAGGUGAUCAAUGCUACCACAGGCAAAGAUGAGCUGGGCCGCGCAUCCCGUCUUUGCAAGCACGCAUUGUACAGCCGCUGGAUGCGCAUUCACGCAAAGCUUUCUUUCAGCCUUCGCUCAAAAGUCAGCAAACCAAACCUGUACUACGAAACUAAGCAGGUAGCUUUGGAAUAUCAGCGCGCCAAAGAGUGUUUGUUUAAAGCAUUUUCAAAGGCCGGACUCGGAGCCUGGGUGGAGAAACCCACAGAGCAGGACCAGUUCUCCCUUGCAGUCUGACUCGUGGAUUCGUCCUUUGCUUGCAGCGGGGGCUACAACAGUGGACACGGCCGCAUCAUUGCAUUGAUUCAGCUAUCAUGGCAGCUUUUACAUUUUUUAUUUUUAAAGAAUUGAUUUGUGACCCUUUUUGUUGUUGAAAGUAUGCUAAAAGUAGCAGAAAACUGGUAAUCUAAUUACUAGUUUGGAAUUUUUAUAAAUGUUUUUUUCUCAAGAGGCUCUGACUUCAGGAAAAUAAUUCAGCGCAGCUCUCUUAAAAUGACUCCCCUGAACAGUUUAGAAAUUAUUUUAAAUGCAUUACAGCCAAGUGUGUGGAAUAAUGUAAAUUACAUGGAGUUCUACAAUACACCUUUGAGUUCAUGGUUGAAUUCUGCAUCCUUUCAGAGCCAGAUAAUUUCUUCUAGAUUAUUUUUGAAUUGUUGAAAUUAAUAAAAACCAGGCUGGAGUUUGGAUAGCUAGUUUUCCCCCUGCUUCCUUGUUCUUUAAAAACCAGCCACUGAACACUUUUGUGUCUUCAAUGUAUGUAUUUAUUAGUCUGUGAUACAAUUUUUAACAUGUCACUUUUUAUUCUGUUUUUUAAAAUAUUUGUCUUGGCUUCCCAUUUACACACAUUGUGAAGUUACCUUUUUUUUACCAUUGUAAACUGGAAAGGAAAAAAAAUUGUAAGCUAACAUGUUUUAGAUUUCAAUGUAAAACAAACCCAGUGGAAGUAGAUGGUUUGUGUUUCACAAGAACACAGUGGAGCACCACAGUGAUAUGACCAGUGAUGUGGCAACUUCAGAACACUUGUUCAUUUGUGAGGAAAUACGCUGCCUUGCCAAGAACUCACCGAAUGGUGCAUGAAUUCCAGUUGUUUAGGAAGCGCGAGGUUAUUCUGAGAGGAAUGAGUUUUACACUGUUUUUGUGUGCUGUUCUAACUAGUUUUCAGCCAAAGCAGUCUCCCGUGAUUUUUACACACAUGAAUAUAAAAUUCUACCCAGACUAGUUUGAAAUUUACUUUUGUUUGAUCUAUCUUGGUUUCUCUUCCUGCCAAUAUAUUUUAGAUAAAUAUCAGAUCUCUGAUCUGUACAUAUGUUUUCAUGAGUCCAGAUCACUGAAGAACUGCCGCUCUGGCUGAGAAGUUUGUGCUCACGCUGAGCACAAGGGACGCGCCCUUUGAGGAAGCCCCGGCCGGCCGAUGGCUCCCACUGCUUGUGCUGCUGGUCUAGCUGGCCGUGUGGAGGCCCAUCCUAACAUGCAGCACUGUAGUGAGCUACACUGAAGCCAACAGUUCUUCCAAAGCCUCCCCCUCAAUUUAACGCUCCUCUGUCCGGUAAGAAGACCGGGGGGCCUCAAGCACAGAGGCACAGAAACAGAUAAAAACAUCCUCUUUGUGGUAUUAGAUGUAAAUAAGAAAUAUUGCGGAGAAGUUGUUUCUAUAAAUCUGUUCUUUUUAAAAAGACAUUCAUAGCCAUCAUGGUAGGACAUUUCAGUGAAUGUGCCGGUUCUGUAGUUCCACUCAUCUGCUUACAACCAACUGAUGCUACAUGGAUUGCUCAACCAGUGCCAGAAAUCAAAGUUGUUCUAGUGAUAUGUCACUUAUAUCUCAGCCUCUGCGUGAUGUGAUGUCAAAGGUAUCACUUCAGCUAAAAGUAUAUUUAAAGGUGUACGUGAGACUAUAUGUGGUAGACUUGAUGGUAACUAAUUCCUCACCUCAAGGUAUUGUCUGGCCACUCCUGCCUGCAUAGUGGGGUAGCGGUAGCUGAAGAAAAGGAUCUGAGGCAGUUGUGCGCAUGCCACGGGGCGCCCCGCGAUGUUCAAUGGCAUCCAUCUUUAUUAAAGGGGGGAGUGUGUGUAUGUUUUUAAAACAUGACUAAAAGGCAUGAUAGCAGUAUGUUAAUAGAAUAAAUCAGAAUUAAUAGAAGAAAUUAUAAUUUUAUUAUAUAAAAGCAAAUAAUAUAUAUGAUAUUUUAAAACAUUAAACGGGCAACUUCUUGCAGUCCUGUGGUUUGGAUUUAUUAGGAGAUAAAUAUAUCCAUAUCCAUAUGCUUAAGAUAGGUCAUAUAUGUAGUUCCACUCAAGCAGAGUCCAGUCCAUUGGAUUGGGGCCAUAUUGUGAACAACCAUAAAGUCAGCAGGGUGGUCAGCUCUUGAAAGUGGACAUUCUGGUAGCUGGGCUGGUCCUAGUAACAAGGCUCUCCGACGACGACAGCACAGACCCCAGAGGUCGCCUGAGGCUGCAGCAGCGAAGGUUUGUAUGGGCUGCAAAAUAACCCGUCUGCUGAAGCAGCAAAAGGAGAGUCAUCUCUGCUAAGUGGGCUGGAAGAGCUACGCCCCCCACACCAAAAUUGAACAGUGAGAAAGAAUUUGUUUCUUCUCAUUGAUUGGCAGCCCAAAUCGUGAAUCUUGGAGUGUUGGUUUAAUCGACGACGUGUUGCGAAGCCUUCGUAUGCUUGCAUCCACUUUGUAGCUUGAACGGGAACCUGCUUUUCUGAUGUUUCUGCUUUUCCAAAAGCGCGCUGUAGGUUUUUCUUACACCGGGGCCGUGGCAGCCAGAGCUGGAUUAUACAGUAGUCAUUCCUGUGAAGGCAUGAUGAUGUGUGCGAAUUCUUGUAGUGUGCACGGUACCCUCCUUUGACUAGUUAAGAGAGAAAGUACUGGGAAUAGGCAGAGUUGUGGUUGAAAGUUUCUUGAUCGGAUAAUUACACAACACCAGCACAGAUUGGUCAGGAUCCUGGCACUAUGCCCAGUUUGCAUUUUUCUAUUAUAUGUGACCAGCACAGCAACCGAUUUCUGUACCAAACUGUAAAGAAUGGAUGCUUUCACAUGCAGGUGGGAAGGGCACGGCUGCUCUUCCAUCUCUUCGCAGCUCAGCCAGCCCAUUUCCUCACAGGGCAAAAACUAGAGUACUGGAAAUACAUGAUUGAUGUUGCCACAUAACUGCAAUGCAGCUAUUUUUAUUUUGCAAUAGGAGGAAAGUUUGUCCCUCUGCAGUUGAAUCUGCCGAGGAUAAUCUGGUUUCUUUUAAGAAUCGGAGGGGGGAGGUGUAUUGUGAUGGGAAUUAAAAUACUUAAGUUAGUCCACAAAUAAAAUGGACUCAAACAUCA